CGAACCGUAUAUCACGUGAUUUGCACCAUUGGACAUGUCUUAACCUCGGCUAAAAUUUGGCAUUGUUUUGACAUCAGGUGAUGUCUGAUGACAAAGCUGAUAGCCACCUGCACCUGCAUGCAAGCUGGAGGUCUCGCGCCUCCUUUGCACAGUGUCUGUCGUUUUCGGGAAAUAUGGCGACGGGGAUUCGAACAUACUUUCGAGAUGACGAGACAUUGACGACGGCAUUGACGACAUUCACGAUAUUGCCCAGAACGACCCUUGAAAAGAUGCUUCCGGCCAAGCCUCGGACAGCGGCGGGCCAUUGACGGCAGGAGCCAGAUCAUCAUCGACAAUAGCACGCUUGCAAGAUCAUGCUUGGCGAAGCAGCGCGAAAGCAAGGACUUGCAUGUCACCAAGGUCAUGGCUUUUUCAUACUAUGCUCUGGAUUCCAGCGCGGGCAGGUCGCAACAUCCAUUAUCGUUACAGGCUCCAUUUUCAUGUCAGCGAUGCCGUGGUCGUUGUCCUUCAUCGACACAAGAAAGACCCGAAAAUACUGUUUACAGCAGCGCAGCUGGUCGGUCGAUCUGCUUGGCUGUGAUGCAGAUGCUAUCGAUAUGAUCCAUGUGCCGUAACGCUCGCCGCCACGACACUGUAUAUGCCGCAAGCGUUUGUUUUGAUACUGCUGCCAAUGCUUGUCCGAGCCUCAAGAGGGCUUUGCCCCCGAAGCUUUCCUUACAUGUGCUGUAUACGUUUUCAAGUUUGCAGAUGCGACCCAGCACUGUACUGUACAAGCAACAUUCUCGCCACCGCCGCCGCCGCCUCCUCUCAACCUGCGAGGACAUCAUGGUCACGUCGUUGUAUGGCAGUACAUUGCCCGUGUGACUUGUUACUCCUCUUUUUCGCGCGCGGCUUGCCUCUGUCCUUGACGCAAAGAUUGCCCCGAGGUACAUUGUCGUACCAUUGCCAUCCGUAGGUCUGGAGUUCUAAAGGAACGUGCUCAAUAAAGACUAUCUCGUUGAAAGAAGGCUAGACGAAAAAG